AUGAGAAUGAAGGGAAUUUUAUAUCUUUCAUUCUUAGUUUUGCUUUUAUUGCAUGAUGUGAUUGAUGGAGCACAUUUUCGUGGUGGUAUUAUUUCAUGGCGGCCGUUAAAUCCUAAACCUGCACCAUCCGACACUACCGCUGUGAUUCUCAUACAUCAACGGUACUUUUGGAAUCGUACAUGGGGUAGUUUUACUCCACGGACUUUUGUUUGCACAGAAGCAAAUGUUGCUGCUAAGACAAAUAUUAGCGUUGGUGCUGCUUAUCUACAAUGUUUAAAUAAUUGUCCGAGUUCAAAUUAUACUAAUAAUACGGUUUCAGUUACUACUAAAACUACCGAUUGUCAAAACAAUUCAAUGAUUGAAUCGGUGGCUGGUGAAAAAUAUGAUCAGGUGACUUUACUAUUGAAUACAUCGAUUACAAUAGGUUAUCAAUCAAAUGCGUGGAUGGCGCAACUUUAUAAAGGCGGUGGCGGUGACUGGUCCAUUGUUAAUCGACUGAAUUUAGUCUUAAGACCUGAUGGUUAUAUCAAUAGUAGUCCGGUUACAAAUACAUUACCAGUCAUAUUUUAUCAAAUAAAGACGCCAAUUGUUCACAUCGUACAAAUGGCAGAUAAUGAUCCCACUGAUAUAUUGAAAUGUCGUUGGUCUGAUGCAAAUUCAGCAUACAAUUACAAUCAAGUAGAUGAAUGUGGAGGUAUCUGCUCCGGAUUACCUAUUGGAGCUGCAGUGGAACCUACUAAUUGCACAUUAACAUUCAACUUACCGACUGCUGAUAUAUAUUAUGCAGUUGCUCUACAAAUUCAAGAUUUUUAUGAUUCUUCUUACACAAUUCCAAUGAGUUCUGUUCCUAUACAGUUCUUAUUUUAUGGAUAUAAUAUUACCAGCACUUGUACACCUCCUUCUAUCAUCGGUGUUCGUCCAAACCGAGCUUGUAUUGGAGUUGCUAUUAAUGUCACGUUCAAUGAAACUAUCAUUGUAGAAACAUAUUGUCCUGGUCAAUCGGUCGUUGAUUUUAUUACUGCUUCACCAUAUGGAAUGACGCAUAGUUCUAUUACUCAUAUAAGUACUUUUAAAUGGACAAUGAUAUUGACAUGGACACCCGCACAAGAGCAGGCUGGUCCUCAAACUUUUUGUGCUGCUGCUCUUGAUAAUGAAAAUCUCCAGUCCACUCCAUGGUGUGUCACAUAUUUAGUUAAUUAUACUGCACCAGAUUUACUUCAACCUACAUACGUACAAGGCACAGCAAGUCCAGUAGGUACUGUCUUUCAAAAUCAAAGCAGAUUUACCAUACAAGCAAAAGGUCAAGUUGGUCGUCCAAGUCGUAAUGGAACAAAUAUCUAUUUUAACGAUGCAGCUACAAAUCAAAGUGUUCUACAAUAUGAUGCUGGAUAUGCACCUAAUAUAAUUUAUACUGGAAAUGUAAUUGUUAUUAUUACAAAUUAUACAUGGACACCGGGUAAAUUUUAUUAUAUAACAAUAGAUAGUGGAUUUUCAAGUGGAAGUGUAUUUUGUCAUGCUGAAUCGGCACCAAUCAGUGAUCCAACAUAUUGGCGAUUUAAUAUUUGGGAUCCAGCAGUUUCAUCGACAACAACAACAACGACAACACCAUUUACAACAGUAACAGUUACAACAAGACCAACAUCAACGACUAGUAUCAAUACUUUAUUAACAACAACCGGUAUUGUCAUCACAACAACUGCAGUUGUUACAACAACUGUAAUAUCCACUACUAGUUCAACUGCAACAAUUACAACAACAGGUUCAACUACUUCAGUUUCAGUCAGUGAUACAGUUGAUAUCAUAAAUCCACAAGAUAUUGUAUAA